AUGCUUGUCCUUGAAGAUCUUGAGCAGCCCCACGGCUCACUGCUCAGAGGGGGCGAAGCCACACACCUUCCAGAUCAUGUCCCGCACAAACUUGGUGUGUUUGGUGAGGCAUCCACGACGGUGGCUGUGCCUCACCCACUUGGAGUCCCUGUUAUAAGUGAGUAUGCUGAUGCCCAGCUCCACAACAUGGUGAAAAGAAUGUGUCAGAGAACAGCCCUCUACAAGGAAAAGUUGACACAAGGAGAAUUGUCCUCACCCGAAGCCAGCCCACACACUGCAAAGCCCAUAGCUACACCAUCAACACAAGAAAGCAAUUUUAAUCUAAAAACAGAGCACUACUAUGGCAUACUGUGCUGGCAAUUCCAGAAGCUGCCUCUGACAGAACACCUAAAGAGAAUGAGACUUCCAAGAAGCAUAGAUUCACAAUCAGAUCAACUCUAUCUCCUGUGGCUCUUGCUUGUCACCAUUGCCUACAACUGGAACUGCUGGAUGAUACCAUUGCGAGUGGUCUUUCCAUAUCAAACACCAGACAACACACACUACUGGCUUCUUACAGACAUCGUAUGUGAUAUCAUCUAUCUUUGUGAUCUACUAUUAUUCCAGCCCAGACUCAGGUUCUUGAGACGAGGAGAAAUAAUAGUGGACUCAACUGAGCUGAAGAGACACUACAGAAGCUCUACAAAAUUUCAAUUGGAUGUGGCAUCAAUAAUACCAUUUGAUGUUUUAUACCUCUUCUUUGGGUAUAAUACGAUAUUUCGAACAAAUAGGAUAUUGAAGUACACCUCAUUUUUUGAGUUCAGUCAUCACCUUGAGGCUAGAAUGGACAAAGCAUAUGUCUACAGAGUCAUUCGAACAACUGGAUAUCUGCUCUUUAUUCUGCACAUUAAUGCUUGUAUUUAUUACUGGGCUUCAAACUAUGAAGGAAUCGGCACAACAAAAUGGGUGUAUAAUGGUGAAGGAAACAAAUAUCUGAGAUGUUAUUACUGGGCAGUCCGAAGUUUAAUCACCAUCGGGGGUCUUCCAGAUCCACAAACUUUAUUUGAAAUUAUUUUUCAACUCUUGAAUUUCUUCUCUGGAGUUUUUGUAUUCUCCAGCCUAAUUGGUCAGAUGCGAGAUGUAAUUGGGGCAGCUACAGCCAAUCAGAACAAGUUCCGGGUCUAUAUGGAUCAUACCACAGCUUAUAUGAACACGAACUCCAUUCCUCAAAGUGUGCAGAGUCGUGUUCGAACCUGGUUUGAAUAUACAUGGUACUCACAAAGAAUUCUGAAUGAGUCUGAUUUGCUUGAGAAGCUGCCAACUACAAUGCAGUUAGCCCUUGCCAUUGAUAUGAACUUCAACAUCAUCAGCAAAGUCGAUUUGUUCAAGGGUUGUGACACCCAGAUGAUUUAUGACAUGUUGCUAAGAUUGAAAUCCGUUAUCUAUUUACCUGGUGACUUUGUCUGCAAAAAGGGAGAAAUUGGUAAAGAAAUGUAUAUCAUCAAGCAAGGAGAAGUUCAAAUUCUUGAAGGCCCUGAUAGUGACCAAGUCUUGGUUACUCUGAAAGCUGGGGCAGUGUUUGAAGAAAUCAGCCUUCUGGCACCAGGAGGAGGAAUCCGUCGAAAUGCCAAUGUGGUAGCCCAUGGGUUUGUCAAUCUUUUAACUCUAGACAAAAGGACCCUUCAAGAAAUUCUAGUGCAUUAUCCAGAUUCUAAAAAACUUCUCAUGAAGAAAGCCAGAGUACUUUUAAAACAGAACGGUGAUCCCAAAGAUGCAACACCACCAAGACAAGGGCUUGCCUUCUUUGCUCCAUCAAAACGAGAAACACCUAAAAUGUUCAAAGCUCUUCUGGGAGGCAGAGGAAAAGCAAACCUUGGGAGACUGCUCAGAUUGAAGAGAGCACAGACUGCUCAGGAGAAAAAGAGACACUCCAACGGACAAGAAGGCAACAGAAAAGAAGAUGAAGACAAAGGAAGAGGCCCAGCAGAAAAAACACUGGACAAAUGUGAAGAAGAAGCAAGUUCUACCACAGCCCAGUGGACCAGAAGGAGAGUUUCAAUGAGUUCGGAAACGACCCGCCAAUCUCUCGUCAUCAGCAUGGCUCCUUCCGCUGAGACUGGGGAGGAGGUUCUGACUAUAGAAGUCAAAGAAAGUUCUAAGCAAUAAACAUUUGAUUGUCCUUAGAUAUAACCUAG